AUGUCCAGCUGCGAAUUGUUGUACUGGAGAAACCCAGUGGAAACUGGUAAGGUGUUUGGUGGCGCGCUAGUGGCGUUGUUGGUGCUCAAAAAGGUCAACCUAAUCACAUUCAUGCUCCGUGCCUUCUACACAGCAAUGCUAACCACAGCUUCCGUCGAGUUUUUGUCCAAACUCUUUUUGGGCCAAGGCUUGGUGACCCGCUAUGGCCUACAAAGCUGUCCCGACACUGUGGGUUUCUUGAAACCCCGCAUUGAUGCCUUUUUGACAAAAUACCCUUCAUACCAGGCCGAAUUCCGCAGGGUGGUAAUGGCCCAGUCGCCCAAGCGUACCUUCAAGGCUGCCGGUGUCUUCUACGUGCUCCACAUGGUUUUCAGCAUUAUGUCUCUGUGGACGGCACUAUUCGUCGGUACUAUCGCAACUUUCACCUUGCCAGUCGUGUACAAAACUUUCCAGAAAGAGAUUGAUGCCACUGUUGCUCAAGGUGUUGAAGCCGGAAAACACCACGCAUCUGCGUUGCAAUCUACCGUUGCUGAAAAGACCUCGCCAUACGUAAAACAACUUGACGAAAAAAUGGGUCCUGUGUCAGGGUUUAUCAAGUCUAAGUUGCCUGCCACCAGAGUUGCUGGUUCCAACGUCACAGCUGAAUCUUCUACCGCUAAGCUUGCUGCUCAGGUUCCUUUUGAAGAACCAGCCGUGGCCAAGACCUCCUCUGCCGAUUUCCCAGCCGCUCCUUCCGUCAGAUUGGAUCACGCUGUCUCCGAUAUUCCAACCACUACUUCGGUCAAAUUGGACCACACUGUCUCCGAUUUCCCAACCACUCCUUCCGUCAAAUUGGACCACGCUGUCUCCGAUUUCCCAAGCGCUCCUUCAACCAAGGUGGAUCACACCACAGGUAUCACUCAGGAGUUGAACGAGCCAUUUAAACAGUGA